GUGCUUGGUUCGUGUAAGCUCUCUUUUUUGUCUGCUUUUCUGAAGAUUACUUCAAAGCCACGGUUGUCUGCAAAGAUGCUUCUCAACUCCCUCGCAUUACUGGCAUGUGCCAGUUGUGCUCUUGCCCAUGGUGACCACGGCCAGGAUCAGACCCCCAUCUCGGGGCCACACAAGUCUCUGUGGUACAACACUCUGCCUGGUGAUGGCGGCACGCAGGCCGAUUCAGUUUUCUCCGGGAUCUCGACUUUUGGCCGUCUGCCAUACUUUCCCUGCCUCGCCAGUGACGAGGAGAAAUAUGACAUUGCAUUCCUAGGCGCUCCCUUCGACACAGGCACAUCGUACAGACCAGGAGCUCGGUUUGGACCAAGCGGGAUCAGACAAGGUUCUCGACGCCUCAAUCUCUAUGGCGGGUACAAUGUGCCCAUGAAAUCCAACCCGUUCAACUUCUGGGGCAAAGUCAUCGACUGCGGCGACAUCCCCGUGACUUCCUACGACAACCACUACGCGCUGCAGCAAAUCGAAGACGGACACAACACCCUCCUCACCCGCACACCGUUCACGGCCGCCGACGAGCCCGGUAUCAGCAAAACCGGCAAGACACUCCCUCGCGUGAUAACACUCGGAGGGGACCAUACCAUCACCUUGCCGCUGCUGCGCAGCAUCAAUAAAGCCUACGGACCGAUCUCGGUGAUCCACUUCGACUCUCACCUGGAUACCUGGAAGCCCAAGGUCUUCGGUGGUGCGCCUUCCAAGCAAGCAGCCAUCAACCACGGCACGUAUUUCUACUGGGCCAACGAAGAAGGACUGCUCGCCAACGACAGCAGCAUCCACGCAGGCAUCCGGACGACACUUAGUGGCCCGUCGGACUACGAGAAUGACGGAUACUGCGGCUUCACGCGCGUCGAAGCCCGCGAGAUCGACACCAUCGGCAUGCACGGGAUCAUCAAACGUAUCAAGGAACGCGUCGGCACCAAGAACCCCGUGUAUUUGUCCAUCGACAUUGACACUCUGGACCCCGCGUUCGCUCCCGCAACCGGCACGCCUGAGACCGGAGGCUGGACCACACGAGAGCUGCGCACCAUCAUCCGGGGGCUCGAGGGGAUCAACUUCGUCGCGGCGGACAUCGUCGAGGUUGCCCCUGCGUAUGACACCAAUGCCGAGCUGACCACAAUGGCGGCGGCGGAUGUCCUCUAUGAGGUUAUGACGUUGAUGGUCAAGAAGGGGCCCUUGACGGUCAACGCGACGCAAGCGGAGUAUGUGCCGGAAAUGAUUGAGAGUGAGUUGUAGAGAUACACUUGGCCGAGGAAGCAGAGGGAGAGAAAGCCAAGUCGAGCAAAGUAGGUAGUCAGCUUCGGCCCGUAUAGCCCUACCUAGGUAAACAAGAAGGGGAACGGGAAGAAAAGGUGUCAAGCGCCAUACAAUGCCAAAUCUAGGGACCGUACAGACCAGCA